AAUCCAUAUUGACAGGAUUUGGGCGAGGGGAGGGAGGAAGCUCACAGACUGAUGCGUACAGUAAGCACUAAAGCACAGCUCGUUUGGAUUGUGGACCUCUUCUCAUUUAUUAGGACUGAGAAUGCGUGGCAUCAGGAAGCUGUGCUUUGUGCUGGUUGUGCUUGUGCCAAUGAGCUUCAUCUGCUUUCACAUGUGGCGCAAGUCUGACAAAGUGGUAGCGGUCUGGAGCAGAGACUCUCCUGAGGAUGUGCUGGAUAUUAGAAUAUUGCAACCACUUGAUAAAUACGCUCACAUAUCCUUGAAAUGGAAAAAUGACGUUAUAGAACACUUGCCAAAGAACAACUGCAAAUGUGUAGUGGAGCCAUCUCUGAACAUUCCCUUCAGACAGGAACUCAUUGGAACACCUUAUGCGGUAAACUUUGUGGCAGAUGUCAACCAAUCACUGACGGAUGAAACCAUUAGGAGGAGAGACUUGGAAUAUAAAAAUUUCAAGAUGAGAUUCUACAGUCCGACAGACAGGAUUAUUAUUGCACAGGCAAACUCUCCAUUGCAAUACCCCAUGCAAGGUGUAAUAGUCUGCCCUCUGAAAACAAUAAUUAUACCAGGCUUAAGUUUGCUGGAACUGAAUAAAAAAAACAUUUAUGAGGUGACCCUGUCAUGCACAAUGGGGACAUUUGAUGUGGCUGCAGAAGUGGACAGUGUGACGAUAAAAGGUGCAGGAGAAAAAAAAAUCACAUUAUCCAGCUCCAUUUUGGAUAAUCUGAAUCGUCAACUCCAGUUAAUUUCAUAUACUAGCACAGUUUUCCAUCCAAACACAGCUGACACUGUUCAGUUUCAGACAGAUGGACACUCUGCGACAUUUAACAUCAAAAUCCGGCACCCCGUUGUUCCAAAAUUAUAUGUCACGCCAUCUAGUAACUCUAAAUACAACAUCAGUGCCCUAGUCACCUUCGCAACCAAAACGUUUCUUCGCUAUGACAAGCUGCAGAAUUUGAUAGACAGCAUUAGGAAAUUUUAUCCCACUGUGACCAUUAUAAUUGCUGAUGAUAGCAAAAAAACGCAGAAGGUUGAGGGUCCUUUUAUUGAACAUUACAUCAUGCCAUUUGGGAAGGGCUGGUUUGCUGGUAGAAACCUGGCUAUAUCGCAAGUGACAACAAAAUAUGUGUUAUGGGUCGAUGAUGAUUUCAUAUUUUGCCCUCGUACUAAGAUUGAAAAACUGGUGAAUGUUUUAGAGAAGACAACUCUGGACGUUGUAGGGGGUGCUGUAAGAGAAAUUACAGGAUAUGCUACAACUUACCGGCAAAAGAUUACUGUCCUGCCUGGAGACAAGGAAGGGGACUGCCUUAUGACUCGACUAGGGUAUCACCAUGUCAUUGAGGGCUUCCCUAACUGUGUGGUGACAGAUGGUGUGGUAAACUUCUUCCUGGCACGAACAGACAAGGUGCUGAAAGCUGGCUUUGACCCUCGACUUUCCAGGAUUGGUCAUUUAGAAUUCUUCAUCGAUGGACUUGGGAUACUGCACGUGGGCUCAUGUGAUGAUGUCAUCGUAGAUCAUGCUUCAAAAAUCCACCUCCCCUGGUUCAAGACGCAGUCAGAUAAAGAGUAUUCCAAAUUCCGCUAUACCAAAGCCUCCAAUUCCGUAGAAAUAAGACAUGAACUAUUUUACUUUAAAAACUACUUCAAGUGCAUGACUGGGAACUAAAGAAAACACUGAAAUGAGUUGAAGAAAAGGGAUCAAGUUUUAAAUUAAAUAGAAUUGACUAUUUAAGUUCACAGCACUGAUGGAUCUCUUUAACCACUGGCUGGCCUAAAAGUAUGGUGAAGGUACUAAACUAGACAUAAUGGCGACAAUAACAACAAUGAGAAAAUGGCUUUAUGUUCUGCAAAAUAUGUUGCCUGAAUUAUUCAUCACAAUAUAUACUAUGACAGACACAAAAAAUAUUUAACCCCUUUGAAGCAUGUUAUCUGGAGGUACAAGCCAAUGCGUCGAUGGAAUUAAGAGUGUGGCCUUAGUAAGAAAUGCUGCUACACAUACUGUGAAAUUAACCCAUGAUGACAAUUGCACAUGGUGAAUAAGCCAUAAGGAGGCAGCACAAUGGCAGUCUAACAUCAGUGUGAUGAAGGUUUGAGUACUAGUGUGCCUCCUAACAGGAGACUUUUUUAGCAUGAUUAAGCAUUUACAAGUCAUUAUAAUAGUAACCCUGUGAAUAGGUUAAUAUGUCAAUUUACUAGGAACAAAGGACAUUGGUGUGAGCUCAGUGCCUGAAUUUCAGCACAUGGAAUAGCUGCGCACAGAUUAAAUGGUAUACAUGGAAUGUUAUGCACAGGGGCAUACACUAAUUCACCUUGUUUAGUCUCAAGUAUUUGGCCAGUUCCUCAUUUGAGGUCUGAUGUAGAGUCAGAUGAUAAUCAGGCGUAUGUUGCUUAUGAACUGUGUGCACAGGAUAAAAUUAAUAUAAUGGUGAAUAUAAUGGCCUAUAUGUAACUUGCCCACUAUGUGUUCACCGGGUUUGCUGUUAGUCAUCAUCACAGUACACUUUCAUAUAACCUUAGAUGUGUCCACAUACGUCUAUCCUCAAAUCACACCAGGUAGCUGUCAGGAAUCCGCAUUCUCCAUUGCAUCACUUCCAGUGAACAGGCGUCUCCUGGCUUCAGUCCUCUGUUUUCUGAGUAUUCCGUGUGAAUUGGACCUGUGGAACUACAGGUCCCAGCAGUUCCAGUCGUCAGUCUCCUGCAGCCCACAGCUCACUGUGCUCCACCUAACCAGUUCUAUCUUUUAGUAACCACUGGUUUCAGCCAGCAGCCUGGAGUACACAGUGCUUCUAGCUAAACAGCAUUAACUCCCGGUCCACUACUGAUCCCAGCCAGCAACCAGCAGUGCAUUGCAUUAACUGUCUAUAGAAUUAUUCUCCCGGUUAAUCACCAGCUCGAGUUAACACUCAGCUCGUCCCGGCAUCCAAUCCAGCGCUGUGUUUCCAGCCAGGGCCCUGUGACCAAUCACUGCAGAGCAAGGGGUAUAAGUUCCUGUCCGGGGCUCACUCACAUCACCUCGGACAACGAGUCACAUAUGGUGUGUCUAGUUCUCCUGGUUCCCGUGUUCCUGUCUCCAGUGAUUCCUCCGUUGUUGUUCCCGUGUAUCUGUCUCCAGUUAUUCACCGUGGUUACUCUCAUCAUUCAUCACUCUGCAAUUCUCUUGUUUACUCUGGACUUCAAACCACAGCUACAAGCUCAUCAGCAGUAAGAGACUCUCCUCAGGUGUUCAUUCCAUUUCCUUACCUGUGCACUUCGUUAUCAGUAUAUCAACCUGUGCAUCUCAGCAGUAAUACCAACUAAUUGCAUUGAGACUGUCUCCUGCUUGGGCCUAGUGAGGCCAUAAGGACUUAUGCUAUAUAGAGACUGUGUAUUUUCAAAUAAUACCGGAGUUCUGCCUUUUCCAUCUGCAUUUCAGUUUUCAGUUCAUUUCAUAUUGUGUUAUACAGAGACUGUGUGUUUCUAAAUAAUACCGGAGUUCUGCUUUUCAAUCCAUCUGCAUUCAGUUAUCCAUUCAUUUCAUAUUAUACAGAGACUGUACUUUCAAGUAUUACCGGAGUUUUGUUUAUUCAUCUGCAUUCAGCCAAUUAAGUUAUUUCAUAUUUUGUUGCAAGAGACUUUCAGUUACUUUUGGUUUCAGUUAUCAAUCAUUGUUUGCUACAUUGCCGGUCUUCAGUUAUUAUUCAUUAUUAUACCAUCUGCUUUGUUACCUCUGUGCUAAUAAACAUCAGCGCAUAUGCGCAGGACUUUCAUAUUGCCCCCACGCUUUGUACAUUGAACCAACACUGACCCACUAGUGCCCCCUCCGGGGACAGACAAAACCUGAGACCUGACAGUUUGUCCGAGGCCCAUGGACCCGGACGGUGGUCAGAGUGUGGGGUCAGGGUCACUCCAGAGUUUGGUGUCACGACUCAAUGAUUAGGCUGCACAACAACAAGUGAUCCUGUUUCUACAGGGAAUGUCUGUCCGUUUGGAUACCUUGCAGCAAUCCCUUCCAAGUUCUGUUGUUUCUCCAGUUCCUGUUCAAGUCACUCCUGCUCCAGUCAUUUCAACUUUCCCUGCACAAUCCGUUCCUGUGGAUGGAUCUUGCUCAAGUCAGUCCUAUGGCAGUCCCUUCACAGCUAAUUCUCCUGAGAGAGCGAAUUCCUCCUUUGAAAGCUUCAAGACUCCUUUGUUGUCUGCUGUGAACUCUGAACCAAUAAGAACUCUUUAUCAUCUAUUGGAACAACUUCAAAGUCUCCUAACAAAAAUCAUUCCAAUAAUGCCAGAAAUCCUGGUUGGUGCUUUAAACGCAGUGAAGAGUCCUGCUCAAAGUAUUGAGACUAGUGCGACCUCCGUGUCAAGCUUCCUUCAAACUAAAGUCUCUUCUCCUAUGCAGAGAGAGGGCAGAUUCCAAAGCUACCCGCGCUCCAAACUCACGGAAGCUGAACGCCGGCAUCGCAAGCAGCUUCACAUCUGCUUAUACUGUGGGAGUUCUAGUCAUCUUUAUUAAGGACUGUUCCUUCCGCAACUCAAAAGUUGGUGACAGGUCCCAACAUCACAGAGUUUUCACCUGCAAACCUUCCAGCGUAUCCUCUACAGUUUCAAGUUCCUUUACCUCGGACAGGAGUGUCCAAAAAGUCUACGAUUGGGGUCCUGUGACAAAUAGACCCAAUCCCAAGUACGGAAAUCAAAAGAGACUAUCUAUGUUACCCAUAACUAAAGUAGUUUCUGUGUCUACAGCCCGAGAAGGGACAUCUGUGUCUACAGCCCGAGAAGAGGCAUCUGUGUCUACAGCCCGAGAAGAGGCAUCUGUGUCUACAGCCCGAGAAGAGGCAUCUGUGUCUACAGCCCGAGAAGGGGCGUCUGUGUCUACAGCCCCGGUGGGGCAUCUGAUGUUGUGACCCCAGAAGGGGUAUCUGAUGUUCAGGUUCCAGAAGUGGCAUCCGGGCAUGCAACUCAAAGAAGUGUGUCUGAUCUAUUAACCCCAGGAGGGGUCUUUGGAGUUUCAGCCUCAAGAGAGGAAUCCAGAGCCAAGAUCCCAGGAGGAAUUCUUAAAGCCACAGAUACAGACAUGAACUUUUGUUUGCCAACUUCAGAGAGUGCUACCAGCUCAGUACCACUCCAAGAGGGAUCAUCAGAACAUCCGGAUUCUGUCUAUACAGAGUCACGUGUCAAUGGACCUAGCCUGGUUCCAACCGUCGGUCCAAAGACUCCACUGGUUCCAGCCAGCCUGAGUAGCUUCGUUUCCAACAAUGAGCUACCUCCUUCGGUUCCAGCUGAUUCCUGCAUCUUCGGAUCAAAUUCGGUCCUAUCCGUCAGUCCGAAGACUCCUCCAGUUCAAGCUUUUCUGGACCCAAUCCGGUCCCAUCCGUCUGUCCAGAUCAGCCUCCUCUGGUUCCAGCCAGCCCGAGUAGCUCUGUUUCCAAUGCUGAGCUACCUCCUUCGGUUCCAGCUGAUUCCAGCCUCUUCGGAUCAAAUCCAGUCCUAUCCGUCAGUUCUUGCAGAUAUUGCAGUUGCCUCAACCCAGCAUCUAAGCAUCUCACCCCAAGAUAAAGCUUCUAGUGUUCAGUCAACCUCAGCUGGGAACUCCCGUCAGUCAAUUCUGGACAUGACGUCCUCUCUCCACCCUAGAGCAUUUCAAGUUGAUUCUACUCCUGCUUCUGAAAGCUUAUUCCAGUCCUCUACUCUCAAGUGUCCUACAUUGUCUUCUGAGACUUCAAUUGACAUUCAGCCUUCCAAGUGUCCACUUGAUACACAAGCGCCAGUCUACUUUUAUGGUGACUAUGCUCAGUUCCGUGCAUUAACGAGCCAAUAUCUCGCUUUUACUAACUCAGGAUCUUCAGUGAGUAUUACUCCAGUCAAUGCAAUCCAAUAUUUCCUCCUGUUCUUCAAAGGUAAAGCACUGGAUUGGGCGAAUCCUCUCAUUGAGUCUAAAGAUCUGCUACUGAAUGAUCUUCCUGCUUUCCUCGAAGCAGUAAUACAGGAGUUUGCUCCAAAUUUAGUGCAUUCAAAGUCAUCUGGGCAUUCUGGCCAAUUUGUCAACAGUUUGUCUACUGCUAAAUCCUCUCCAACAUCUCUGUCUGUGCAAAAUCAGGAUACAUUAGACCAAGCUAUUAAAGAUUUCCAAGCUGCAAAGUCAAGACAAGGUUCUCAGACUUUAGAUUUGAAAGUUGCAUAUACUUCAGUGUCUCCAUCCUACAGCAACACUUAUGAAAGUAUUGACUCCCCGGAUUCAACAUCUGCUCAGUCUUCUGAUCAGUCUUCCAGUUCUCAGUUUUUCGACUCAACGCUUUCCAAACAUGAUCAAGUUCUGUUUAAUCAGUGUAUCAGAGAUUUCAAGAAUUACAGGAAUUGGAGAGCUGAAAAACCAGUUCAAAGUCUACCAUCUGUUGAUGUAAGUGUUGGCUAUGCUGCCGUUACCCCUAGUCCUGGUGUCUCAUAUAGCUUCAAAUUUCCCGUGUAUCUGUCUCCAGUUAUUCACCGUGGUUACUCUCAUCAUUCAUCACUCUGCAAUUCUCCUGUUUACUCUGGACUUCAAACCACAGCUACAAGCUCAUCAGCAGUAAGAGACUUUCCUCAGGUGUAUAUUCCAUUUCCUUACCUGUGCACUUCGUUAUCAGUAUAUCAACCUGUGCAUCUCAGCAGUAAUACCAACUAAUUGCAUUGAGACUGUCUCCUGCUUUGGCCUAGUGAGGCCAUAAGGACUUAUGCUAUAUAGAGACUGUGUAUUUUCAAAUAAUACUGGAGUUCUGCCUUUUCCAUCUGCAUUUCAGUUUUCAGUUAAUUUCAUAUUGUGUUAUACAGAGACUGUGUGUUUCUAAAUAAUACCGGAGUUCUGCUUUUCAAUCCAUCUGCAUUCAGUUAUCCGUUCAUUGCAUAUUAUACAGAGACUGUACUUUCAAGUAUUACCGGAGUUUUGUUUAUUCAUCUGCAUUCAGCCAAUUAAGUUAUUUCAUAUUUUGUUGCAAGAGACUUUCAGUUACUUUUGGUUUCAGUUAUCAAUCAUUGUUUGCUACUGUCAAAGUCGAAAAAUAUCAUGAUGCAUAUGCCUUGUAUUAACCCCUCAUGCACACGCGCGCUGCUCGAGCACCCACUCCCCCGUACGUGCACAUACCCGCAAGUUGCGUAGGGGACGCUACAGCGUCUCGUGCGCAUGAGAUGUGUAUUUACGGCGGAGUUUGUGAGCAUCUAGCGUGCGACUCGAUCGUAGCAUAUUUAACCCAUAUAGUGUGUUUUAUAGCUAAUAUUCCCCUAGACAAUGUCAGCGAGUAUGUUUAUUUUAAACGGUUCCUGGACAGAGAGAUUCCUCUUUGCAUGAUAGGAAGGGUCAGAUAAAGGUUGAAAGGUGGUGUCUAGUAUCCAGCUGUAGGAUAUUUUAAGGGUAACAUUUCGGUGUUGGUUAGGAAAGGAUCGCUCGCUCCUGCGUAUAGUUAUGUGCAAAAGUAGUUUAUGAACAUAUAUUGUAUUUGCUGUAAAUUACACAUGCGGCGGGAAUCCUGAGGAUACCUCCCACCAGAGCAGUUGGAGAAAGACACAGCCCACCUGGUCAAAUCCACCUAUGACCUUUACUAUAAUGUGGAGACACAUUCCUGUGUCCAAUGAACAAUGAGAUUAUAGGGACCAUUGUAUUGUGAAUGUAUGUUGUGUAUAUAAAGACCACCAUUGCCUGGCCAGACACUCACUCUAUCUGAAGGCUUUCUCUCUGAAUGCUGAGGGCUGGAUCCAGGACGCGCUUGCGAAUCAUCCCCACGUAUGUAUAUUUCUCUGUAGCCAUUUUGUUAUCCAUUCUGUUUGCCAUUCGUUUCAAUUUGUUCACUCUUGUUUGUUAUUGUUCAUAUUAUUCUCUGUUAUUGUGUUAGAUUUUGAUGUUAGUUUGUAGUAUAUAACUUGUAUUGUAUUUUUCCCCUUUUCUCUAAACCAUCCACGGCGGUGUUAGAACCGCUGUGGUUUUUAAAUCCAAA